AUACAUUAUGAUGUUACAUGUAUAUUGAAAUAUUUAAGAUACUUAGUACGUAAUAUUAUUAAAAUAAUUAUGAAUUUAUAAGUUCCAUAACAAAUAUGUUUAUUCGUUAAAUAUUGACUAAUGGCAAACAAUGUUAUGAAAUAUCAACCAAUCAUAUGAUGUGUAUCUGAAUCAGUGCUGUCUCCUAUCUCUCACAAACCAAACUAUGUUUCUGAAAAAACACUAACCGACAAAAGUCUGAUAUCUUUGGACGAAAAAGUGCAUUUCUUGAUUUUGUUACAAAGCGAUUAAGAAAAAGAUAUGGCACGUACUAAGCAAACUGCACGUAAAUCAACAGGAGGUAAAGCUCCUAGAAAACAACUUGCAACUAAAGCUGCACGUAAAAGUGCACCAUCCACGGGUGGUGUGAAAAAACCACAUCGUUAUAGACCUGGUACUGUAGCACUUAGAGAAAUCAGAAGAUAUCAAAAGUCAACAGAAUUGCUGAUCAGAAAAUUACCAUUUCAACGUUUAGUUCGUGAAAUUGCACAAGAUUUCAAGACUGAUUUAAGAUUUCAAAGUGCUGCAAUUGGAGCAUUACAAGAAGCUUCUGAAGCAUAUUUAGUUGGAUUGUUUGAAGAUACAAAUUUAUGUGCAAUUCAUGCUAAACGUGUUACAAUAAUGCCUAAAGAUAUUCAGUUAGCAAGAAGAAUUCGUGGUGAACGUGCUUAAAUAAUUCAUAUCUCAGAUCUCUUGAGUUUUUCUUUUGUCCAAUUUAUAUUGUUAUUGUAUUUAUGAAUAUUCUUGCAAUCAAAUUUAUUGUAACUGAAUCUCUUUUUCAUAAGUCAUUAAUUAUAGAUAAACACUGCCAAGUCCUGUGAAUUAUAAAAUGCAGAGACAAAAUAUAUUUAACUAUCAUAUCAAGUAGUGUAGUUAAAUACAUUUAUAAUUUAAUUAUAGACAAAUAUAAAAAGCAGAAAGCAGAAAAUGGAGUAUGUAGUUCAUAACAAAUAAUAAUAUCACUUUAUAUGUAUAAUUCAUAUUUUAGUAUUAUAUAUAAUAAUAGGUAUAAUAUAAGCGACACAAUAUAAGCAAUAUAAUGUAGAUUUAAUGUUUUGCAAAUGAAAAUCAUUUAUAUUCAUUAUUAUAUUUACUUUGUGAUUAACAUAGUUUCUAAAUAUAAUUUUCUAUGUUAUUGUCAAGUUUAAAUUUAUAGUUUAAGUUAGAUCAAAUUUUUAGAAUUCUUAUGUACUAGUUUGUGUGCUUAGUACUAUAGUCUUUCAAAAAAAAAAAAAAAUGAAAUAUUUCUGAAUUAAAUGUGAAAAUAUCGUUAAUUGUAUUUAUAUUAUUAAAUUAUCAAAAUUGAUUUAUAUAUAUAUAUAUUAUACUUAUAUUUAUAAAUGAAAUUAAUAUGCCAUUAAGUAUAAAAAUAUAUUUCAUUGUUAAUUAGUUUAUCAUUAUGUUAGCAUAAAUAUUAAUAAUAAAAAAAUAAUUCAUAACUCAA